GAAUAGGAGAUGCGUUAUAUAAAGGUUAUUAUUUUAUAACCUAUGAAUUUGCAAUAAUCCAAAGUAAUUAAGUUUGUGCUAAGGUGUGUGAUUUAGGAAUUAGGAUUAAGGAGAGAGGGAUUCUGAUUUGAGUAUGACAAAUAAUCCAAACCCAGGUGAUUCUGAUUCCACUAAUUGCUUUCACUCUCAACUGCAAUAUCAAUCAUCUACAGUCAGACCCACUACACCUUACCCUGCACCAACGGCUCAGUACCAGGAUAUUGUUCAUGAUGCAACCCUCUUCUGGGAAAAGCUUCAGGAUUUUCACGGAUCAUUUGGCACCAAAUUCAAGGUUGCUACUAUAGGAGGAAAGUCACUUGAUCUGCAUCGCCUUUUUGUGGAAGUAACCACUCGUGGUGGAAUUGAAAAGUGUUUUCUUAAAUUAAUAAAGGUGAUUUAUGAUCGUAACUGGAAGGAAGUGAUUCAGGUCUUCAAUUUCAGUGAUACCAUUACAAGUGCAUCAUUUAUGGUGCGCAAAUCGUAUCUAUCCAUGCUUUAUCACUUUGAGCAAGUGUAUUAUUUUGGGAGGCAAGGCAUUCCUCCCCCAAUUCCUAAUCUUAUGAUUAGAGGUCAAUCAGGCCAUUCCUAUUGCUCCACAAGCAUUCCGGAAGUUGCUGCUGUGAAUGAUUCACCUGAUCAGGGUAGUCCAGUGGAGGCAAAUGAUGUUGUUGUUUCUGGAUCAAUUGAUGAGAAAUUUGAUGGUGGGUAUGUAGUUACAAUGACUCUGGGUUCUGAGCAGAUGAAAGGUGUCCUGUUUCAUGUUCCUAACAACGUGUCCAAGAGAAGACACAUCUAGUUUACAUAAAUUGUUAUUUUAUUUGGAGCAAGGGAUUGAAAUCAAAUGAAAUAGAAUGACAUGUUAAUUAAUAUACAACAACAACUAGAAAAUAGUACCAAAAUAAAAAAAAAAUGUAAUUUGUCUCAAUAAGAGAUAAGCAUAAUUGUU